CAAUCCAUCCAUAAUUAAUCUUCAAAAUCUUCAAUCAUAUCUUGCCCCAAAUCUCGCCCCAAAAUUCGAUCCUUUGAACUCGUCUACAGUUUAAUUUUAAAAUCCCUAACUUCUUUUGCUUGUAAAAUACAUAGAACCUACUUUUUCUCCAUCUCCAUCUCGAUUGCUGCAAAAUUCGAGGCAAAGUAGUUGCCCAUGGCCGACCCUUCCCUUCACAUUCACUGCAACCUUGAUUCAGGGAUUUCUUCAUGGAUCCGGUUCUACACCAUGCUCCUGAAAAGGGAAGACAUUGAAGAUGGAACCGUUAUGUCCAGACUUGCUUUUCCCCUGCUCUGCCUUCUUCUCCACGGAUAUGGAUCUGAAUCUAUGAAGCAAGACACUUUGAGAAGUAUAGUAAUGGGACCAAAACUCAAGGAAAUAGAUGAAGUUAUAAAAUUGAUUCACUCUAAGUGUUAUCUAGAAUCAAGAAAGUGGUUGUUAGUGAUCAUCAUAUGCAAGAAAAUGUUGUUAAGGUUACUUCAAGCCCAAACGAUUCAUUCCACAUUUGAAAGUAUUUCAUAUUGAGCUUUUAAGAAAGAUCAUGGUUAUGAAGGCCGGAUGUUUAUGUUACAAGCUUCUUGGAACGAUUGCUGUCUACAGGUUUGUACACAUUAUGAAUAUCUCAACUUUUUUCAUUUUUUCUUUUUUCUUUUACCUUUUUAAAAUGUUACAUUUCAGUUUGACUUUCCACUAAAUGAUAAGUUUCAUUUUUUUUAUGUCCUAAAUGUGAUUUGAUAACAUUACGUGGAGUGGUGCUAUCAUGGUAAGAUUAACUAUCUAUUUUGUUUUUCUUAUAAUAAACAAAAAUUAUUUAAAUAUUAUUUACUUCUAUAAUUGAAAUUUCUUCCGUUUGUGCCAUUUGUUACAACUUACAAGCUUAUAAAACACAUAAAUCAACAUUGAUAGGAAGCUCUAACUUUUACAGAUUCAGAAACACAACGAUGUUAUAGUGAGGUCAUAGUUAUAAUUUAUACGAAGCAAACCUAUCAAUAUUUAGAACAUUUGAAACACAAAGAAAAACUAAUAAAACAAAAGAGUUUAUAUCCUACUUUUAUUAUAGCUGUAUAUUUGUGUAGAAAAGGUACCG